AUGCAUUACAGCCAAUUGUACGCUGAGAAUGUUACUGUAAAUAAUAGUCCACCCAAAUGGUGGAGCGACCGGCGGGUUAAAAUCAUUGGCAUAUCUUUCAUCGUUUUAUCGAUUCUUGUAGUCUAUCUCGCUCUGGUUUUAAAAUUCUAUAUUUUUACACCGAAGAAGUCAGAAACCACUAUCACCACUGCUACCGUCACAACAACAUCAAGAUCAACAAUAACGACUACCACUACUCCACAGUCAGAUUGGUCUAAAACUGGCAGUCUGAAUCAUGCACGACGAACACACACAGCAUCCGUAUUGGCGAAUGGAAAAGUAUUAGUUACUGGUGGACUUAACAAUCAGGGUUUUCUAAAUAGUACUGAAUUAUACGAUCCAUCAACAGAAACUUGGACAAUCACUGGCAACAUGAACAAUGCACGUGCUGAACAUACAGCAUGUGUAUUAACAAAUGGAAAAGUGUUAGUUACUGGUGGACUUAGUAAUCAGGGUGUUCUAAAUAGUACUGAAUUAUAUGACCCAUCAACAGAAACUUGGGCAACUACUGGUAGUAUGAGUGAUGCACGAACUGAACACACCGCAUCCGUUUUGGCGAAUGGAAAGGUUUUAGUCACUGGUGGGCGCAUUAAUCAGGAUUUUCUAAAUAGUACUGAAUUAUACGAUCCAUUAACAGAAACUUGGACGACUACCGGUACUAUGAAUGAUGCACGAGCUGAACACAUAGUAUCCGUAUUAACGAAUGGAAAAGUAUUAGUUGCCGGUGGAUCCAUUGGUGUUAAUCGUUUACUUAGCGGUGAAUUGUAUGACCCAUCAACAGAGACUUGGGCAACUACUGGUAGCAUGAAUUAUACACGAAUUCAAUUCACAGCAUCUGUAUUAACGAAUGGAAAGGUAUUGGUUGCUGGUGGGUCGAAUUAUAAUUUUAAUCGAGACACUGUUGAAUUGUAUGAUUCAUCAACAGGAACGUGGGCAAUGACUGGUAGCAUGAAUUAUAGGCGGUGGAAACACACAUCAUCCGUAUUAACGAAUGGAAACGUAUUAGUUACUGGUGGAUUUGACCAUUAUCCUAUAGAUACUGCUGAAUUGUAUAGCCCAUCAACAGAAACUUGGACAAUUACUGGUAGGAUGAAUAGUGCACGAGGUGAUCACACAGCAUCCGUAUUAAUGAAUGGAAAAGUGCUGGUUACUGGAGGAAUUUAUGAUGGCGAACCUUUGAAUAGUACAGAACUAUAUACAACAUUUUAA